UGUAUUGGUGGUUCGGUAUGUGUUAGAAGCAUACUGAAAAUAGGGAGUGCAAUUUUCCGUCUGGUUAGUUGACAAUCAAAUUUAGAUGUGAAUUAAAUCGGGAAAUUUGCAGAUUUCCGCAGCCAAAUUUGUCCCUUCAAAUUACAUUUAACACCUCUAGUUGUGUCCAGUGUGUUGUGAAAGAAAAGUUGUGUGAAAUGAGCUUUUGGAGCUAAGAAAACCGACAAAAUUGAAACUUUCCAUCGAAGAAUCGAAUAUGCCUCACAAUAAUGUGCAGACGACGAUCGAUAUUUUGACAUUGUGAGGGAGUUGUCCUACUUUCGAGGUGUUGAUUAUUGUUAGAAGCAGCAGGGAAAGUAGCCGUACUAGCCGAGAUUGCGAUGAGAUUCAACAAACAGGAACUGAUAACAUUGGCCAGACAACCGAGCAAUAAGUUCGACAAGGAAGGUCCCUUGUAUGUAACUGAGAAGCAGGAGGGAUUCUUCCGGAAGACUGAAGGCGAAGAGGCCAAUAACAGCAACCAAUCCGGGGGCAGUAAGAAUCAUCCAAAGCGCAAUAAAUCACUCAGUUGCAUUGGUGGUACCACGAAAGUAAGCCUCGAAAAGUGGUGCCGACUGCGUGGGAACCUGCUGUUCUACUUCAAAGGAAACGAUCCGUUUUCGGAGCCGCAGGGAUGCAUCGUUCUCGAGAAGUACCGCUGCGUUAGACACAGUGACCAGAAGGAGUACGACGGAUACGUAUUUUACCUGGAGUUCGAGGACGGGCUGCGGCAACGGUUCGCAACGAACACCGAUCAGGAACGGCUCGAAUGGAUGCAAUCGAUCGGACUGGCCGGUUACGACGUCAAACGAGCUCAGCUGAAGUACCUACGGGAGCAGAUCGAUAAGAAGCGUGGCCUGGUUCAUGACGUCGAUGUCGACAUGCUGCGUCUGCAGACCGGCAAAGAGAUAGACCUGGCCGAAAUUCCGAUCUGUGAAUCGGCCAUCUCCUGCGAUAAUCUGCUGUGCGAUGGCAACGGCAAACCACCGAAUCCGUCGGUCGUCGUUCAGGUCACUUCCAACAGUCGAGCCGCCAGCGGUUGGGUAAAGUAUGGCCGUACCGAAGUGAUUGAACGAAGUUCGAAUCCCCAGUUUAUAUGUACGAUUACGUUUCGCACCGGCGACGGGUUGAAUGCAAAAUCGCUGAUCCGAUUCACGGCUUACGACGUUCGGGAGAAGGUAACCCAGACGGCGGUGCCGAUCGGAUGGGCUGAGGUAGCUCUGGGCGUCAUAACCGACACCACCCGGUUGAGGAUCCCACUGCGAACGCAAGCUAUGUGCGGAGGUAAUGCCGGUUUCAUCACGAUUGCCACCUGUGCGCCGGAUCUGGAACGACGGACACCACGAUCACCGGCUAAAACCGGAGGACUGGAUCAGCACCAGCAGCAGCAAAAUCAGCAAGCUUUCGGCCACCGUCGAUCGCAAUCGUUGCCAAUGAAACUGGGAGUGAAACUGUUCAUUCCGCCACCUUCUAAAAUUUCGCUUGUGUUCACCAACCCCAGUAUACAUACCUACCGUCUGCACUCCGGUUUGGGCGGUGACAUCAGUGUUCAGGAACUUAUGAUCGAAAGUCAGCUGUGCUACAUCAUUCCACAACAGUUGCUGUCCAUCUGGAUCGCCCGGGAGAAAGAACUGCUGCAGGAGAUAUCCGGCAUGGGUGAGCUGGGCGGUGAAUGGCGCAACCGACAGAUGGAACUGCUCGACAAACACCUGAAGCUGCUGAAGGACUACUCGCAGGCGAAACAAUUCUUAGUGCAGCAACAGCAGCAGGGUAAGUACUUCAAGGCGAGCAGCAAGAAGAAGGACGAAACACUCGAAUUCGCUCCCGUUAAUCUGCACCUACAGCGAAUGUGGGCCCACAACGAUACACUGAAACGGGCCGGUAUUCUGGAUGUGAUCACCGUGGGGGCCUUCACGCGACACACCGGCAAAUCCAAAACCGGUGGUUUGAUCAAACUAAUGCAGCAACUGAUUGAUGCGGCCGCCAAAGACAACGGGAUAAGUCAACGGGUAGCGGCGGCGAACGAUGCGGUGCAGGCUAUCAAGCAGCUUCGCAAGGAGAUUGUAGAAAUCAUGUCCCAGCUACUGUAUCUGGCCAAAUCGAAAAAUCCCAAAGGAAUGCUUCCGCUGUGCAACGAAAUGAUGACUAAAACGCGAGCCCUGCUGAACAUCUGGGAACCAACGUUGGUCGAGGAGGCAUUCGGUUUUAUAGAACGCCAUCGGAUAGUGGAUGAGCAAACACAGGCCGUUGAUGGUCCCGCCGGCGGGCCGGCCGGUCAUUCCGCUCAAAUGUCACCCUUCAAAAAAAUCACCCAACAGUUGGGGGCCCUCGAUUUGAAAAGUCCUGAGCUGGAAGAUUUUGCCACUCCGAUGGGGCCUGCUCCGGACCUGUGGCCUCAGGUACGAACCAGUAAAUCCGGUGUUCUGGGAGCUUUCGGAACCAGCCUUAAAUCAAAAUCACCUUCUUCGGUCGAUAUCAGCGCUAUUGCCACCAUUCAAAGCACGUACAAUCAGAUGAACAACAACAAAUCGAAAGAAUAUCUCAUGUCGUGUUCGUUGCCGGCCGCUUGCUAUCUCCCUCUAGACCAACCGAUGGAAUCUAAGUCGAACAUCACAUCACCGGUAGUAGCCUUGGAGACCCCCUCAGGGGACCUUAAAUUCAGUGAAACUCAUUUCGAUGUGAACGGCGAAGUGACGACCUCCGCUUUGGAAACAGAUACAACCGUGAAAUCCCCAGAUGUGGAAAAAGCCGAAGAAGCUAUUCCGGACCCAACACCUCAGUCAAAAGCCAUGUCCGUCAAUCAACUGCUGGAGAACAAAAACGAACUGCUUUCGAAUGUGUACGACGAAAAAGGAUAUCUCAUCGAAAAUACCGCCAUUGUACUCGGGCAUAACGGAGCUUUCCUGGAUACCAAAGCGAUGAGUUCUAGCCCAUCGGCCAACUAUUAUCGACCGACGGAGGAACCGGAACCGCUAGAUUUGACUCAGCUUAACAUCGAAGCCAGCGUGAUGUGUUUGGUUAGUAAGGUGAAAUUUUUGUGCGGUCGUUGCGGGAGUCCAGCUGUGCGACUCCGGCAACCGAAAGGAGCCUCGGUCAUCAAAUCAAAUCGCGCAGUACCGUUCGGUGGCAUUCCACCGGAUGUUGUGACAAGCCAGCCGUUAUCGUUACCCUAUGCUACCGAAGAACAGGAAACAAUAGACUCUUCGCUGGCUGGUUUAAGCAACGCUUUCCCGAAAGAUCUGCUGCCGGGUCCGUCGGGUAAACCUCCUCUCUGUAGCAAAGAUCUGAACCUGGCACUGACUCAAGCGGUCGGUGAGGUUACGCGGAAGGUCAAGAAAGGUAAUAAAUUCACGGAUGGAUUGGAUCUUUCGCUAACCACCGAUUGGGCCUCGGAACUGCGACCAUCUAUGAAGAAACUCAGACAGGCUAUGGAUGGGCUGUUGAAAACGGCUCGUCUCAUGCAUUCCGUUCAACGACUGCAGCAGGAUAUGAAGAACACUUCCUCGGUGCUGUCGGUUAUGUAUCGAAGAGAUGUGUGUUUUUCGCAAGCUUUAACAGCACUAGUUUCGGCGUUGAUGGCGAAACUGUGGGGACAGAAUGUAACCGAGAACUACAUAAGUUUACUCAGUAGUUUGGGACCGUUGGCCUGUUUCGAAGGAUUACUGUCACUGUACGGAAGCGAAACGGACAUGUGGGGUGACAUGAGUGUUGCCAUCGAAGAUCUAGCAGCGGUGCGUUUCGCAUUGGUCAGAAGCAACAUACAAAGGGAUUCAAAAGCCGUACCAGUACCGAGAGUAACCGGAUCACGGCAAUCGCUUACGGUUCUGCUGCCCGUUCCGGAGUCAGUGUUUUGUCAUCUUCCAACUAAGGAGAAUAUCACAUUCAAGAUCACUCCAGUCUUCUUCAAUAUCGGCAUUAACGAAAAAGCGACCUUGGCGGAAACUCUCGGCUACACCAAGGAACAGCAUCGGUCUAAUUGGGACAACUAUGACCGAUUGAAGCAGUACCACAUUCGCUACCGAAAAAUCCCCUUCAAUUUCGUCAAUCCAUCGUGUUCGGCUGCGUUGGAUACGCCAACCAAAUCGAUCGUGGCAACCGCGCAGCAGAAAGAGGUUCUGGUUCCGGAGCAUGCCGUAACGGGGUUGCUGAAUGAUAUGGAGGAGCAGCUACGGGUGAACUGUUCGAAAAAUUAUCGGGUCCUGACACUAGCAGAGGACAUAACGAGGGCCAUGCAGGGACUGCGAUUCACCUCGUGCAAAAGUGCCAAAGAUCGCACCUCGAUGGCGGUGACGAUGGAACAGUGCCGGGUUCUGCAGCAGGAAUUCCAUCUGUCCGGUAGCAACGUCCAGAAUGUACUGGAUACGAUGAGAAGUGAAGGAACCCGCUCGGACAAUACCAUGAAGAACAUUGGUCUCCGGAAGUAUGCUUUCAACUUGCCGCAGGUACUGUCGUUACCGCAAGCUUAUCGGCCACCAGCGGGAGCAUACGGAAAAGCCCAAUCGUAAAAUUUCCCUGUGUCAAUUGCAAUGUCGAAUCCCAGUAUCAAUCUUUUUUGUCUAGUGUCAGAUUAGGCUACAACAAGCGAAAUUUGUUUUGUCUUUCUCGUAUCGAAAAUAUGCACGCCACACACUGAGUUGCAGAAUAUAUUUUAAUUCUGUUAGCCGGAAUGGGCUUGGUAUUCAUUCCAUUUCCAGUGAGAUUCUCACGUGUGUGUGUGUGUGUGUGAGUGCGAAAGAGAAAGACACAAUCACAUCGAUUCGAAGGUUAAGACAGGUUUUGUUUAUAUAAGUACUUAUUGUUGUUGAUGUUUGUAAAAGUUUUUUCUAUUUAUUAUUAAACUAGUACUAAACACCAGAGGGAAAUAUGUUCAAUGAUCCAAUUUGAUUACUCUUGCACCAUUCGUUCCAAAAAAAAGUUGGCUAGGUUUCAUAGACUAACACAUUGUUUUUUGGGCAGAAAGCACAGAAUUAAAAAGACUCAACAUUACCUUUACUAUAUUCUAUUAGAAAGACUGGAAACUAGAACGGUUGACUGUAACAUAUAAUCAACUCACUCCAUUUCAAGCUUAUCUGGUAUCUGCUAUCGUAUCAUAUUUUGGAAAUUUGACACUUCAAAUCAAUUAAUACUAUUCUACUUAGUCGCAGUAUCUUGAGAAUCAAUAUUAUUUAAUUUGGUUCGAUUCCCUAAUCAGUAUGGGAAAACACGAGUUAACAAUCAAGCAACGACUUAAUUUCUCGAAAUAAAGAAUAUCCUGAACCGGUUUGUUGGUUUUCACUUAAAUUUGAUCGGUUGGAGCGAAGCAACAUACUCUAUUCAAACAGUUUCACUACACUUACACAGCUAUCGAAGAAAAAUUAAAUGUUCUCAACAUAAUCCUAUGCAUGAAUGUUUCACCUACCUACUAAUAAACUCGACCGAAACAAGAACACAUCAAAUACUAAUCAACUAAUGGACUUCUAAGUAUAACCGUGUAGCUAAGAUUGUUUCAAAGGUACAGUCAUCCUUUCGUCAACGUGUGGCUGACAAACGUCACCCGGAUGAUGAACAGUUCAAUUUUCUUCUCGAAAUUUUGUGCCAAAUUAUGGCCCUUAUUAUGAGUAUCACUACACGGUGAAAACCAAGUGAAGUGAUUUUUACCUUAUUAUCGGUAUCACUUCACGGUGAAAACGAAGUGAAGUGAAUGUAGGUCUUCAUCACGAAAUUCGCUUCAUAGAAAAAAGUAAUUACUUAGACGAGUUGUCUUUAUUACGAACAUCAAAUCACUAAAAUUUUGUUGGAGAAAAUGAUUUUUUUCUCUACAGUGAUUACUUCGCUGAGCGUGAUACCGAUAAUAGGUAAAAUCAAGUGAAGUGAUAUGUGAGUGAAGUGAGAACGGUAAUAAGGGCCUAUGUUCCGUUUAGGAUUCGUAUCUUGUAGACUAGCAGCAGCUUUAGAAAAGUAAUGAUUUGCAAAACAAUAAAAAGUAUUACAUUUUUUUUUCGAUGAAACAAAACAUACACGCACAUCGCAAAAUUGAGUCAAUCUUUUAGGAAUUUGAAAAAAAAACAAGUUUUGUAAUAACAGUCAUACGUUCAGAAAGAAAUUGUAAUUGCAACGGGAGGAGGGUGAUUUCCAGUUGUCACAAUGAACAAACACAGGUAAUCUUGCCUUGCCGUUGUUAUCUGGCAAUACACGGAGAUGGCUGUCUUCCCUAAGCUACAUAUGAACGUAUACAUUUUUUCCACUGAACCAUUUUUACGAUGAAUAACAUUAAUAAACUAACUGCUAACAACCGAAGAAUGGAUUAAUCGAAAUAAGUAACAAAUAAAAACAGUACGUAACUCAA